AUGGAGCGUCCUUCUCUUUCCAUGGCGAUAUUCCUUGUCGUCCUCAUACAUGGUAACCAUCUUGCUCUGCUGCCCAGCAACAACAUCGACCAGGCACAGGCUGCAGCUGCAAAAGCGAAACGCGGCGGCACGCCGGAGCUGAUCCCCAUCAACCUCGUGGGCCGCGACGGCGACAAGAUCACCCUGGCCCUGCAGCCCCACGACCUCUCCCUCGCCGGCUUCGCCAACGGGAGCCACCACUGGUACGCCUUCCCGGGGUACGAGCACGUGAUCCGCAACGGCACGACGCUCCCGUUCGGCAACAGCUACCGCGACCUCAUCGGCAGGCUGGCGAACCUGCCGAGCCUGCCGCUGGGGCGGGAGCCCGCGCUGCGCGCCAUCGGCGCCAUCUCCGCGUGCGACGACCCGGCGAGCGCGGACGACGACACGCUGGGCGCGGUCAAGCGCGGGCUGGCCACGCUCACGGUGACCAGGUGCGAGGCGCUGCGGCUGGCGCCCGUCUGGGAGACUGUCUCCGACGGGUGGGAGAGCGGCGACGCCCGCCUCACCGAGCAGCACCUCUGGUACAUCGAGCACUGGGACACCAUCUCCUUUGAGGUCAUCCGCGCACACAAGACGGGCCAGUGGAACGGGCCGUUCACGGAGCUGCUCAGGAAGAACGCCAGCAUCCACAGCAAGGAGGAGGCGCUCGCCGUGGUCAGUGUCGUUCCUAUCCCACCUUGGCUCAGAUUCUCUUGGCGCACGCUCGCAGUGCCUGACCAGCUGAGCCUGACUGACCUAUUAGCUAUUGAUCUUGAGUUUUUGACUGCUGCUUCUCAGAAUAAUAGGCUACUAACCUAG